AUGGAUCCUGCAAAGCGACGAGUACCGAUUUCGAUAGAGGAACUGAUCGAGAGAAAAGAACAAGAGAAGAAUGCUGCAAACAAACCGAAAUUCUUGACCAAGGAAGAGCGACAGCGAUUGGCUUUAGAACGUCGACAGAAAGAAGUGGAAGAGAAAAGAAAGCGUGAAGAACAAGAACGUCAAGCUCGUCAAUCGUUUGAUAUGAAAGCAGAAGAUGAAUAUCGACGUACGAUGCAAGAGCAGCACAGUCGCCAUUCUCGCCAUGGUCGAUCCUCUCGACGAGAAAACGAUAACAAGAGGCGUGAACGGACCCCAGAAGAACCUGAUUCAGAAAAUGGAUUGAAUGAUAAGGAAAAACAAGCUAUUCGCGAACGUUAUUUCGGUGGGGAACGCAAAAAGCGCAAAAUACGACGUAUGAAUGAACGCAAAUUUGUUUUCGAUUGGGAUGCCGGUGAAGAUACGUCUUACGACUUCAAUCCCCUAUACGCGAAUCGACACAGUGCACAGAUGUUUGGACGUGGACACAUUGCUGGUGUUGAUAUCAAGGAACAAAAGAAGCAUCGAUCCGAAUUCUACAAUCGGUUACUUAAGGAUCGCCAGACUGCUGAAGAACAAGAACGCGCCAUGGAACUUAUGGAAAUGGAUCGCAAGAAGGAGGCCAAGAUGAUGUGGGAUGACCGUCAUUGGACAGAGAAACCCUUACAGCAAAUGACUGAAAGAGAUUGGCGUAUUUUCAAAGAAGAUUUCAACAUUACGACCAAAGGUGGCAAUAUCCCUCGUCCUAUUCGUUCAUGGGAUGAAUCGCAACUUCCCUCUCGAGUUUUGGAGAUCAUCGAAGGCGUUGGGUACAAGGAACCUACUCCUAUUCAAAGACAAGCAAUUCCUAUCGGCAACCAGAAUCGAGAUAUCAUUGGCAUUGCUGAAACUGGUUCGGGUAAAACUGCUUCAUUCGUUAUUCCGCUGCUUUGCUAUAUCUCGGACUUGCCCAAACUCAAUAUGGAUAAUAUGGCUGAUGGACCCUAUGCAUUGAUCAUGGCGCCGACUCGUGAACUUGCACAGCAGAUCGAGCAGGAAACUCUAAAGUUUGCCACCCCAAUGGGAUUUAACUGUGUUUCUAUCGUUGGUGGUCAUGCGAUUGAGGAGCAAUCAUUUAAUUUGCGUAACGGUGCUGAAAUCAUUAUCGCUACACCAGGCCGUUUGAAGGAUUGUCUUGACCGACGCAUUUUGGUGUUGAACCAGUGUACCUAUGUCGUAAUGGAUGAAGCCGAUCGUAUGAUUGAUAUGGGUUUUGAAGCCGAUGUGAAUUUUAUUCUCGAUGCUCUACCUGUUUCCAAUGUUAAACCUGAAGACGAGCAAGAACAAGAGGCUAAUGGAAGAAAGUAUCGCCAAACCACCAUGUUUUCAGCCACCAUGCCUCCAGCAGUAGAGCGACUGGCGAAGAAGUAUUUGAGACGCCCUGCAGUUGUUACAAUCGGCACCGCUGGUCAGGCUGUGGAGACUGUUGAACAACGUGUCGAGAUGAUCAACGACGAGAACAAAAAGAAGAACCGUCUACUGGAGAUUCUCAACUCAGGUGCUUUCGAGCCUCCUAUCAUUAUAUUUGUCAAUCAAAAGAAGGGUGUUGAUGUCCUUGCCAAGGCGCUUAAUAAGUUGGGAUUCCAUGCAGUAACCUUACAUGGUGGUAAAUCUCAGGAACAAAGAGAAUCUGCUUUGACGCAACUCAAGACUGGUAAUGCUGAUGUGCUAGUUGCUACCGAUGUGGCUGGACGUGGUAUUGAUGUUAAGAACGUGUCGCUUGUUAUCAAUUACGAUAUGGCCAAGAACAUUGAAGAUUACACCCAUCGUAUCGGUCGUACAGGUCGUGCAGGCAAAUCUGGUGUUGCUAUUACGUUCCUGACCAACAAUGACACGGAAGUCAUGUAUGACUUGAGACAAAUGCUCGCUAAAUCUCCUCUAUCCAAAGUACCCCACGAAUUGGCACAUCAUGAAGCAGCACAGACCAAGCCAGGCAUUGCCAAAGCUAAAAAGAAGCAUGAAGAAACAAUCUUUACUUGA